AGUUACUACAAAGUAUCAGGCGCCUUCUUCAGUUUUGUCAGGAAUGCUAAGCUAAUAUCAGCGGUAUUUUUUUUUAACGCUACAUAAAUUCAUUUCUCUUAUCAUGGAUAAUAUUAACGCUAAGUAUGUGUCCCAGAAAAUCAGUAAAACAAGAUGGCGGCCUGUAUCACACUCUUCUCUGCAGCACCCAGAAAUCUUCAGCACGGGCUCGUGGGACAACGAGGACAACAAGAUUUCCUUUUGGUCCAUCAGUAGUAAUGGAGGAUCUGGUAUGGAUGAUGGAUUUGAAGGAGACCCACAGCUCUUAUGUGAACACAGACAUGACGGAGAUGUUUUGGAUCUUCAAUUUCUGGACCAAGACAGAGUUGUCACAGCCUCAUCGACCGGAGCUGUCACUGUCUUUCGUCACCAUCAAAACACUCAGACUAUAUCAAUCUCUCAGCACUGGCCGAGAGCACAUCGUUACUCCUGUGACAAUGCUCCAUGUACUGGUGUUGUGUGCAGCAGUCCUGAAAUCGUUACAGUUGGUGAAGACGGCAGAAUCAUCAUCUUUAGAGCUGACCAGGAAGGAGUGAUUCGAGUUAUAGAGAAUGCAGACAGCAGUACGAUUCAUGCUGUUACUUACCUGAGGACGACAGAGAUUUUAACUGUAAACUCCAUUGGUCAGCUCAAACUGUGGGACUUGAGACAACAGAGUAACUCACCAUCCCAGAUCCUCUCCCUGUCAGGUGAUCGAGUUCCUCUACACUGUGUGGACAGACAUCCGAAUCAGCAGCACAUUGUAGCCACAGGAGGCCAGGACGGCAUGCUCUGUGUCUGGGAUGUGAGGCAAGGCAACAGCCCCUUCUCACUCAUGGAGGCUCACUCUGCUGAAAUGUGGGAAGUCCACUUCCAUCCAACCAAUCCGGAUCAUCUGUUCACCUGCUCUGAGGAUGGUUCACUGCUCCACUGGGAGACGUCCACACAAUCAGACAUGCCCUCAUUCAUGCAAGGUGGCAGAAACAACAGCAUGAUAUCUCGUAGUGCGAUGGCUCCAGCUGGAGGAAACCAGUCCCUCAUCAGCGCCUGGCUCAAUGGAGACACCAGUAAAGGCCGCCUAGAGACGACUCACAUGCUGCCCAGUCAAACGCUGUCUGUUAACAGCCUGGAUGUACUGGGACAGUGUCUUGUCUGUGGGACUGAUGGAGAGGCUAUUUUUGUAAAUAGGCAUGUACCAGUGUAGAAAACCAGUAGCUGUAUAAGACAGGUUUUGGAUAAAUGUCUGUGAUUUCUCAGUUUCAGCCAAAACAUCUACAGGAUCUAACUUUUCGGUGUUCAGAAAUAUGCAUCUGAGGUCAGUUUGUCUUUGUAUUCCAUACGAUCUAACACACAUAGUUGGGUUUUUUUUUUCUGUCACUUGUGUUUGCAAUGAGGGGUCAUCCUGGAUCACUGUUUUGAUCAUUCCAAUCUAUGUAUUUAAAGUCAAAAAGUUUUUGUUUGACUGUUAAGAAUUUUGAAGUAAAUAAAAAACAAAACAAAAAAAAAC